GUGUUUUCGUGCGUUGAAUAGACUCAAUUUGUGGCAAAUUAGUGCUAUAAUUACCUUAAAAGGUUUACAGAACUGACAGAAUUAGUAAAUGGAAUUUAGCAGUGAUAACAUCGACACAUCAUCUUAAAAUGUCUUACUCUUAAAAGAUUAUUAUUAUUAUUUUACAUUGAAUUUGGAAUUAAAUAUACAACUUUUGGUUGCUGCAAUAUAUCGGUAUAUUUACAUAUAUUUCGAUAUAUUUAUUUAUAAGAAGAAAAACACGGACAUGGAAAAUUCAGAGAAUUUUACUGACAAAAUGCAAACACCGAAACCUUUGGCUUCUUCUGUAAAAUACAGCAUCGACAGCAUCCUCGGACGGACAGAAAGAAAAGUGACCACGGAUUUGCCGGCAAUGGUUACAUGUGAGCAGACGAGGUGUAUCACGAUACCCGGUCCUUCGGCAGAUGGCGCCGAGCGAUCUCCUGGCAUAUCUAGAAAUGGAGAAAAUUAUUUCGACUCAAGCCCCGAGAAGUCAGAAAACAGCGAGCAAUCUCCAAAUUGUUUGGAUAAUAGCCAAAGCGAUUUCAAUUCGUCAAUGUCAGACCAGGAUGACGCUACCGGAAACUCCUCGUCAAAGCCCCGGAAGUUGCGCAGGAGUCGUACAACUUUUACAACAUUCCAGUUACAUCAACUUGAGAGAGCCUUCGAGAAGACCCAAUAUCCAGACGUGUUUACAAGGGAAGAACUUGCAUUGAGACUUGAUCUGAGCGAGGCAAGAGUACAGGUAUGGUUUCAAAAUAGACGUGCAAAAUGGCGUAAAAGAGAAAAGGUUUUAGGCAGAGAAAGUCCUAAUUUUCUCCACGGUGAACCAGGAAUGGGUUUAUCCGACUUACCUCAUGGAUCUCAGCACAUGCCAGCCUUUCCUUCUUCUCCUAUGGAAGCAUUUUGGUCAAACCGAGGACAACAUCUUGCAGGUUUGAAUCCCAUGAUGUUGCUUCCACAUGGUCCGUCAGCACUUUCCAAUAUAGCAGCACAAUAUAUGCAGGGGAAAAUAAACUUUGGCGGUUUAUUUCCUAAUUAUAUGAUGAGUGGUGGAGCUCCAGUUCCGGCUGGGUUUCCAGGAGUUUUCAUGCGUCCAGGUAUCCACGACGUAGCCUCAGCACAUGCGGCUGCAGCCGCUAGCCUCAGCCAACACAUCAAUGGAAGAUUUCACUCCCCUGAGCCCGAACAAGGUUUAGAUUUUAGGCGAUCGAGCAUAGACAAGCUGCGUCUAAAGGCACAGGAACACUCCACAGGAAUUGACAGAGCAAGUCCAGGUUCUCCCGACAUCAAAAUUGAAAACAUGCCAUCAAAUCGCCCAAGAUCAUAAAGUUGUUACACUUGGUUUUCAUAAAACGAACGAACUUUUUACAACUUGGUGGCUCGAUUUUAUAGUGUUUCUUCUUUUACUUCAGAAUUUUUAGUAUUCGUUUUAAGAGUUAAUUUUAAACAAGUUAAGUCUCAUUUAGAAAGUGUUUGAUUAAGAUAGUUCACUGCGUUAAUGACAAUGAGCCCUGGAACACAAAAUUGUGUAAAAUGGUACGUAUACAAGUGUACAUUGCUAUUGUUUUAUUUCAUAUUGUGAAAAAAAGAAAGUUGUACAUUGGUUUUCUUGUGGAGGCUUUUUGAAGAAACUAAAUCAAAAUGUUCAAAGUGACAGUUAUUCGCAUUUAUUAAUUAUUGCAGCAUGAAUUUUGUAGUGCAUUUGUUAUUUGUUUAUUUUGUUAUAUAUUGUUUUGUUGAAAAUUGGUGCUAUAGUUUCGUGAAAUAAAUUAUUGAAAAUCAAUUCAACAGUUGUGUCAUGGUAACAAUUUGUUAUAGGCUAUACAGUUACGUUUAUGUAAUCUUGCGAUAGUUGAGUAUCUAAAGCUGUCCUCACGUUAUCUAUAUGUAUUAAACAACACAAAUUGUUUACC